ACCUCCCACCAACAAACCGCGACGCCCCUCCCAACCUUCUCCAUCAGAAACUCGCCCAACACCAUCGGAAAAUCCGGCCUGAGUCGAUUUUCCAUCUAAACAGCGCAUGCGAAAUCGUUUGACACCCAUAUUGUGAAUAUUCACGCCCGGGAGUGGUCGCAAACGAGGAACCGCUGCUCGUCGCAGCCAGAGCCGCGGCGCUGGCCCUUGCCAGCUGCACCCAACGCCCCAGCCAGGCUGGUCACGUGUGCGCAAAUCUCUUUGAACGCGCAUCUCUUCACGACCGCGCAUCAUGACGCAGAGGGUUACCGGCCAGCGCUUUCGCCAGCGCAAGCUAUCUACUAAGCAGAACCUACCUAUCCUGCGCGAGCACGAGGUUGAGCAGCUCGGCGAUGAUGACGCGACGCGCCAUAUUCCCAAGGUCGAGACGGGCGUGGAAAAAGGAGAGGAAAUCGAGCACCAUCUGCAAGCUGUGAUAUCUGCCGCUCAGGCAGCUUCUCAAAGUGGAGGCAAGAUUGCCCAGCUGUACAUUCCUACACCUGACGCUGUUGCAAGUAAGCUGCAAUACGAGGACCUUUACCCUAGACAGUUCACGCAACCGUCGACCUACAUUCGCUUCUCGUCUACUGUGGAAGACACCGUAGGAUGUCCGUAUUGCAUGACCAGCGAAGAUGCUGCCUGGCUCAAGUCGUACAACCAGAAGAAGAACAAAGGUGUACAGUGCUCCGAGGACGAUCUUGAGCAGGUCAUCAACUUCUUCGAGGAAGCCACCGCAGAGAAGCAGCCCUAUGCUGACGUGGAUAACACCCCCGUCCUUGCAUACGAGGAGUUAGAGGCGCUGUUCGACGAGAGAAUUCCGGAGCAUGCUCGAAGGUUUGCCAAAGAUGUCUACGUGCACUGGAAAGCCGAGCGCGAGCGAAGGCUGAAUAAACCAUUGAUGCCAACGCUGAAAUUCGAAAAGAAUCUCGACAGCGAUGAUUCUGAUCCGUAUGUCUGCUUCCGACGCCGCGAGGUGCGCAUGCAGAGAAAGACACGCGGUCGCGAUGCCCAAGUGACUGAGAAGCUGAAGAAGCUGAGGAAGGAGCUCGAGGAGGCUCGGUUCAUCAUGGCACAAGUGAAGCGCCGCGAAGUUAUGAUCCGGGAGCAGCUAGCCCUCGACAAGUUGAUCUUCGAACAACGGGGCGAAGUCAAGGAGACCAAGAGGAGGCUCAGCAUCAAGGGCGAUGACGAAGAGCUCCUCAUCAACCAGAAGGUUCGCGUUCCGUUCGAUGUUUGCAUUGCCACGUCGCUAACUCGAUCGCAGCCUGCCCCCAAGCCCAAGCCAAGAGUCGACACUCAAGCUCUUCAGAGAGGUAUCCCUGGAAUGGGCUCGAAACCUCCAGUCACUCGUCCCGAUGGUCGUCUUGUCGAUUCCGAUCUUGUCUAUCUUGAUGACCAGCUUGCGAAGAAGUCCGAGGUUAUCGAUGCCUUCGUCGAAGAGAAUCUCCUGAAGCACCAGAAGUGGAAUGUCGGAUGGGUAGAUGCGACAUGGCGCCCCAUCACUCCACCGUUAGAGCAACCCGCAGCAAAGUCAGACUUCCGUCGCGUCUUCACAGACUCGCAGCUGCCGACGCCGCCGGCAUCGGUGUCGUCUGAGGAAGCCGGUGAUGCGAUGGUCGUCCAACAAGUGAGGCAACCCGAGCCGCGCAGAAGUGCCCGGAUACGGUUUGGUACUCCUCCAGACGACGUUCCGUAUCAGGACCAGUCGCGGUACCGCCGGCGCACAGGUCGUGGUGGUCGCGUGAUGAUAGAUCGUCGUGGCGUCAAGCGUCCUAAGCUCGACAAUGAACCCAUUGACGAGCGUGCGGCCGAUCGGUGGAAGUUCGCCGGCGAUAGUAGCGAAGACGAACAGAUAUAUCCUGUCGACUGGACGGACAACCUGCACAUCCGGUACAGGAUCAUGAUCGAGCGGCAAGGCGAGAAGCAACAUGCUCAACACCAAGCUGCAGCUGCAGCCGCGGCGGCGGCCCAGAAUCGGAGAGCGAUCGAGAACCACCAGAGAUCCUCGUCCGGCCAUUUGGCUCCACCCAGCGCUGGACACUGAGAAGUGGCACCGUUCUCUUUACCCCCUUCUGGUUUGCCUUUUUCAUGAUGAGACGAGUUGUUGCUUGCAGGAAACGAUUUUAUACCCAUUUGCGUUUUUGUUUUACUCGAACAGAGGAAGUCCCAAGCUCUUUUAUUCAAAGUUCGCUCAAAGGUGCCUUUAGCAUACCGCACCUCUAUGUACACUAUACUGAUCGCAAAGCGCCAGGAUGGUGUGGUGAA